UGUUCCGCUUCUCGAAGAAUGUACAAGCUAGGGCGCGCGUUCCUUGUGGUCUGUAAGCGUUGAGGAUACUCUGCUCCGCGGGUUUUGCGUCUCGGAGUUAGGCAGCCGCAGUCGCUUCUUAGGGGGAAGUGUAUUGGGUUCACCGCUGCUCGGAGCGGUCCAUUUUUUUCCACUGGAGCGGAAGGAGAGUGCUGCCAUGACGGCCCCUGCUCAGCCCAAGAAAAUCGUGGCCCCUACGGUGUCCCAGAUCAACGCGGAGUUCGUGACUCAGUUAGCAUGUAAAUACUGGGCUCCCCACAUCAAGAAAAAAUCACCUUUUGAUAUAAAGGUGAUUGAAGAUAUAUAUGAGAAAGAAAUUGUCAAAUCAAGGUUUGCCAUCAGAAAGAUAAUGCUCUUGGAAUUUAGCCAGUAUCUUGAAAAUUACCUCUGGAUGAAUUAUUCUCCAGAAGUGUCCAGCAAAGCCUAUUUAAUGUCAAUCUGCUGUAUGGUGAAUGAGAAGUUCAGAGAAAAUGUCCCUGCAUGGGAGACUUUUAAGAAGAAGCCAGAUGACUUCCCAUUCUUUUUCAAGUGUAUCUUGAAAGCAGCAUUAGCUGAAACUGAUGGUGAAUUUUCACUCCAUGAACAGACAGUCUUAUUGCUUUUUCUUGAUCAUUGCUUCAAUAGUUUGGAAGUAGACUUGAUACGGAGUCAAGUACAGCAGCUUAUCUCCCUCCCAAUGUGGAUGGGCUUACAGCCUGCACGAUUGGAAUUAGAAUUAAAAAAGACACCUAAACUAAGAAAAUUCUGGAACUUGAUUAAAAAGAAUGAUGAAAAGAUGGAUCCAGAAGCAAGAGAACAAGCCUAUCAAGAAAGAAGAUUUCUUUCACAACUCAUCCAGAAGUUUAUCUCUGUGCUGAAAUCAGUCCCACUUUCUGAACCUGUCACUAUGGACAAAGUUCAUUACUGUGAAAGAUUUAUUGAACUUAUGAUUGAUCUAGAGGCCCUACUCCCCACAAGACGCUGGUUUAAUACCAUCCUGGAUGACUCCCACCUUUUGGUUCACUGUUACCUUUCCAAUCUUGUUCGUAGAGAAGAGGAUGGCCAUCUUUUUUCCCAGCUUUUGGACAUGCUUAAGUUCUAUACUGGUUUUGAGAUUAAUGAUCAGACUGGAAAUGCUCUGACAGAGAAUGAGAUGACUACGAUUCACUAUGAUAGAAUUACUUCUCUACAGAGAGCUGCUUUUGCACAUUUCCCUGAACUCUAUGAUUUUGCCCUCUCAAAUGUUGCAGAAGUAGAUACUCGGGAAUCCUUGAUCAAGUUUUUUGGACCUCUUAGUUCAAAUACACUCCACCAGGUGGCAUCAUACCUCUGCUUGUUACCAACUCUUCCUAAAGGUGAAGACACAACUUCUGAUAAAGAAUUUCUUCUAGAAUUGUUGGUAUCGCGUCAUGAGCGUCGAAUUUCUCAGAUUCAGCAGUUGAACCAGAUGCCUUUGUAUCCAACCGAGAAAAUCAUAUGGGAUGAAAAUAUUGUCCCAACUGAGUACUACUCUGGGGAAGGUUGUCUUGCUCUUCCCAAGUUGAAUUUGCAGUUUUUGACUCUUCAUGAUUACCUCCUAAGGAACUUUAAUCUCUUCCGCUUAGAAUCAACUUAUGAAAUUAGGCAGGACAUCGAGGAUAGUGUCAGCAGAAUGAAGCCAUGGCAGUCUGAGUAUGGCGGGGUGGUAUUCGGUGGCUGGGCGCGAAUGGCCCAGCCCAUCGUGGCGUUCACCGUGGUGGAGGUUGCCAAACCCAGCAUAGGCGAGAACUGGCCAACCCGGGUUCGCGCAGACGUCACCAUCCAUCUGAACGUCAGAGACCACAUCAGAGAUGAGUGGGAAGGACUUCGGAAGCAUGAUGUAUGCUUUUUAAUCACCGUGCGUCCCACAAAACCUUAUGGUACCAAGUUUGACCGGAGGAGACCUUUUAUUGAACAGGUUGGCCUGGUUUAUGUCAGAGGCUGUGAAAUCCAAGGCAUGCUGGAUGAUAAAGGGCGUGUCAUUGAAGACGGACCUGAACCCAGACCCAAUCUUAGAGGAGAAUCAAGGACAUUUAGAGUGUUUUUGGAUCCAAACCAGUAUCAACAAGAUAUGACCAAUACGAUACAAAAUGGAGCAGAAGAUGUGUAUGAAACUUUCAAUAUAAUAAUGAGGAGAAAACCGAAGGAAAAUAACUUUAAGGCUGUGCUGGAGACGAUUCGGAACCUGAUGAAUACUGAUUGUGUAGUACCUGACUGGCUGCAUGACAUCAUUUUAGGUUACGGGGAUCCAAGUAGUGCACAUUAUUCCAAAAUGCCCAAUCAGAUCGCCACCCUUGAUUUCAAUGAUACGUUUUUCUCCAUUGAGCAUUUAAAAACCAGCUUUCCUGGUCAUAAUGUUAAAGUAACUGUGGAUGACCCAGCUCUACAGAUACCCCCUUUCAGGAUAACUUUUCCAGUAAGAAGUGGAAAGGGGAAGAAAAGGAAAGAUGCAGAGAAGGAAGAUGAAGACACUGAAGAGGCAAAAACCUUAAUUGUUGAACCUCAUGUUAUUCCUAAUAGAGGUCCAUAUCCGUACAACCAGCCCAAACGGAAUACAAUUCAGUUCACUCAUACACAGAUAGAGGCCAUCCGUGCUGGAAUGCAGCCUGGGCUAACUAUGGUUGUGGGCCCACCAGGUACAGGAAAAACAGAUGUGGCAGUCCAAAUCAUAUCCAACAUCUACCACAAUUUCCCAGAGCAGAGGACUCUGAUUGUUACUCAUUCCAAUCAGGCCCUGAACCAGUUGUUUGAGAAAAUCAUGGCUUUAGACAUUGACGAGCGUCACCUCCUGCGUCUUGGUCAUGGAGAAGAAGAGCUGGAGACAGAGAAAGAUUUCAGCAGGUAUGGAAGAGUUAAUUAUGUCCUAGCUCGAAGAAUAGAACUUUUAGAAGAAGUCAAACGAUUGCAGAAGAGUCUAGGGGUUCCAGGAGAUGCUUCAUAUACUUGUGAAACUGCAGGCUAUUUCUUCUUAUAUCAGGUAAUGUCUCGUUGGGAAGAGUAUAUCAGCAAAGUGAAAAAUAAAGGUAACACGUUGCCAGAUGUCACUGAAGUCUCCACUUUCUUCCCUUUUCAUGAGUAUUUUGCAAAUGCCCCUCAACCCAUUUUUAAAGGCCGAUCUUAUGAAGAAGACAUGGAAAUUGCUGAAGGAUGUUUCAGGCAUAUUAAGAAAAUCUUUACUCAGCUUGAGGAGUUUAGAGCCUCCGAACUGCUUCGAAGUGGACUAGACAGAUCUAAAUACCUUUUGGUGAAAGAAGCCAAAAUCAUUGCUAUGACCUGUACUCAUGCUGCCUUAAAACGACAUGAUUUAGUCAAGUUAGGCUUCAAGUAUGACAACAUUUUAAUGGAAGAGGCUGCUCAGAUUCUGGAGAUAGAAACUUUUAUACCUCUUCUUCUACAGAAUCCUCAGGAUGGUUUUAGCCGACUAAAACGUUGGAUUAUGAUUGGUGAUCAUCACCAGUUACCUCCAGUCAUUAAGAACAUGGCCUUUCAGAAGUAUUCAAACAUGGAGCAAUCUCUCUUCACUCGCUUUGUCAGAGUUGGAGUUCCUACUGUGGACCUCGAUGCCCAAGGGAGGGCCAGAGCAAGCUUGUGCAACCUCUACAACUGGCGAUACAAGAAUCUAGGAAACUUACCCCACGUGCAGCUCUUGCCGGAGUUUAGUACAGCAAAUGCUGGCUUGCUUUAUGACUUCCAGCUCAUUAAUGUUGAAGAUUUUCAGGGAGUUGGAGAAUCUGAGCCUAAUCCUUACUUUUAUCAGAAUCUUGGAGAGGCAGAAUAUGUAGUGGCACUUUUUAUGUACAUGUGCUUACUUGGUUACCCUGCUGACAAGAUUAGCAUUCUAACAACAUAUAAUGGACAAAAACAUCUUAUUCGUGACAUCAUCAAUAGACGAUGCGGGAGCAAUCCAUUGAUAGGAAGACCAAAUAAGGUGACAACCGUUGACAGAUUUCAAGGUCAACAGAAUGAUUAUAUUCUUCUUUCUCUAGUACGAACCAGGGCAGUGGGCCAUCUGAGGGAUGUCCGUCGCUUAGUGGUGGCCAUGUCUAGAGCCAGACUUGGACUUUAUAUCUUCGCCAGAGUAUCCCUCUUCCAAAACUGUUUUGAACUAACUCCAGCUUUCAGCCAGCUCACAGCCCGCCCACUUCAUUUGCAUAUAAUUCCAACAGAACCUUUCCCAACCAGUAGGAAGAAUGGAGAGAGACCAUCUCAUGAAGUACAGAUAAUAAAGAAUAUGCCCCAGAUGGCAAACUUUGUAUACAACAUGUAUAUGCAUUUGAUACAGACCACACAUCAUUAUCAUCAGACUUUAUUACAGCUACCACCUGCUAUGGUAGAAGAAGGUGAAGAAGUUCAGAGUCAGGAAACAGAAUUGGAAACAGAAGAAGAGGCCACGCCUGCUCAAGUUGACAUUGUACCUAGUCUAACAGAUGCCAGCUCCAGUCAAGAAACCUCAGCCUCUCAGACUGAGACCAUCCCCAAUCACACAGGAGCCAGUUCCAGUUCAGAGGCCAUCCCUACUGUAUCCGAGAUCACUGCUACUGUGGCAGAACCUGUAGCUGUACCAGUGGAGAAUAACACCCCUCAAGAUGCCACAUCUGCCCCCAGAGAAACCAAGUAGCCAAUCUGUAGCCCUUCUUAGGGAGGACAUUUCAUUUAUAAAGUCUAGGUAAAGUUACCUUUUGUAUUUUACAUAUGCUUCUGCCAUUUUAAUGGCACUAAUUAAUAUUCAGUCCUUAUUUUUGUUAGCUGAUCUCAAUGUUUGUCUUCUUGUAUAUAUGAAAAAAGAAUGUGUGUGAACAACUCCAAUUUUAUUUGUUCAGUCAGAAGAGUAAAUAACCAUUCCUUUGAUAUUUUGAUUAUUAAAUAACUAUAUCUGUAAUCAUACCUACAUUAAAAGAAUUUUCUACAGAGUAAUAGUUCACAUUUUUAGUGAACUUCUCUAAAGAAAAGGACAAAAUAUACUGGAAUUAACUACAAAUUACCUCAAGCAAGUGUCCAAAUUGGGGAGGAAAUCAUUUCUUCUACCAUAAUGUAAGAUGCUCAAGUCAUGUUUCUUUCUGUCCCUCCUUUCUUUGCUGUCUUCCUUGAUGGAAAGGCAUCAACACCAUAGGAUAUAAGUUGCUCCGAUCCAUUAAAGAAGACAUGCAUUUCCUUCCCCCAAAUCUCAGAAUGUGUAAAAUCACCUAGAAUGUCUCUUUAUUUUGGGGGCCACUCCAGGCCUAAUGAAUCAGAAUCUCAGGGUUAGAGCCUAGGAACCUGCAUGUUUAUUUUUGCAGGUGCUACACAAUUAAUGUUUGAGUUGCUGGCCGAAUGAUAUCAGAUAAGGCUGGUGAGGCUGGGCCAAGAUUUGUCAUUCAUCUAAGCAAGAAGGAUCUGGCAGAUCCAUUUGGGCAGGAACAAAGGUCCAGGGUCUGGGCAGUGAAAAUCAGUGAACUUAAUUAAUUCCUGUAUUCAGGAUGGAUUUCUUCCAAUGCAGAGCUUCUGAGUUUUCUGCCCUGUUUAGUUCUCUUGAUAGAUAACCAGCCAUAAGGAGACCUUAAGGUAAAACGUGCUCCAGAUUUGAGAAGGCAUCUGUACUAGGACCUUGCUACUCAGGUAUGGCUUGCAAAUCAGUAGCAUCAGUGUUGCAUUGAAAUUUGUAAGAAAUGCAAAAGUUUGGGCUCUACCCCACAUUUGUUAAAUCUCAAUCUGCAUUACAGCAAAGUCCCCAGGUGAUUCAUAUGCACUUGGUAGUUUUAGAAGCGCUGUACUGAGAUUACUGUGCUGUCCUCACAUGAAUGAGAGGUAGAAUGGUGAUCCUAUGAUGGUAGAGUUUACAGUGAGUAUGACUGUUUUCUGACAAUGGACCUCUGCUUAUAAGGUCCCUGGGCAUGGUGACCAGAGAAGAGAUGAAUAUGUGUAUGUGGGGAGGGUGAACUUGCCCACUAGUUCUCUUCCCCAUUCCCACAUCUGCUAGAGUGGCUAAGGGGAGCAUUUCCCCAAAUCUAGUGCAUCUACCUUUAGGCUUGACCGUGUCCAACGAACUUUUGAAGAAUUAAGCAAGAAUUGCACACUGCCAGAGACAAGACCAGUGCUUCUCAUCUUGAUAUUUUGAAGCAAUGAUGAAUUCAUAAGGAAAUUAAACCCAGAAAGUCAAGUCAGUGAUAUUUUUGAGUGACUAAUGUUUGCUUAAGUUUACCAGUCUGUGGUGGGUAUAAUUUAGACUCCUGUCUUACAGUGCUUCUUGCAGCAUCAACAAUUGUGUUGGGUGGGGAAGGGGAAGAUGAAAGUGAUGGGAUAAUAAGGGGAGUGAAAUGCCAAGGAAACGAACGUAGGAAACCUAGGUCUGUUUGUUAUCAGAGUUAGGAUGGAGCCAAAUGGUCUGCUACAUAAUUUCUCUGAGUAUAAGAAUUUGAAAGCAGGUGUUAUGGGCAUCUGUAUGAGGACUUGCACUCAGAAUUAUUUUCAUUUGUGAAUAUAUAGUAUCAGGCUAAGCAAGAGGGAAAGAAGCUUUACCAUAUUACUGUCUUUCCUGGAAAAGAUUGAUUUUUCCCUCUACCCUUUAGAGGAAAUGAAUCAUGAUACCUGCAACCAAAGUAAGCAAAACUGCUGUGCUGCUUUCUCCUUAAAUAAACCAUUUUCCUAACACUGUAUAUCACUCUGUCUAGCUGGGUGACUGAACUUUUUUCUCUGCUGCUUGAUUUUCUAUCACACUAAAAAGAAAAUUUUAACU